AUGAGUAGCGAUAAUGACUUUGGAAAUGAAACAGAUGACUAUAUAAUGGAUGAUCACAGUGAAGAUGAGCAGUACUAUGAUCCAGAAAGUGACCAUUUAUCUUCCAGUAACGAAGAACAUACUUACUACAGUCAUGACCAUGAAGAUUCAUAUGAUGAUGCCUUUGAUCAUCGCCCUGAUAGCAUUACAGAUAGUCAAGACGAAGAUGCCAUACAUCAAGAAGCUGAACACGAACAUGAUAGUGAUGAGGAAGAGUCUGCAUUCAGAGGGACUUUCAAUUCACAGACAUUUUUAAACAAUCUAAGAAAUGUACAACAAGGUGAUCGUCAAAAUGUCAAUUUAUCAGAGGUUAUACCAGAAUUACUAAACAUGUUAGGUGGUAGAAGACCAAGGGAUGGUCCUAUGGGUGGAAGAGACAACAGGAUUUCCAAGCUAGUUGAUAAUGUUUCUAAUGCCAAUGAAGAUCCCUAUAUUGCAAUGGAGAGUUUAAGUGAAUUAUCCGAACAUUUAUUAAUGGCUAAUCAAAUUGUCAUAGAUAGAGUCUUCCCAAUUGAAAGACUAUUGAAAAGUUUAAUAAAAAUUCUAACUUGCAUGGUUCUACAGGACGAGUCAGAACUACAAAUGCAAGCGUGUAGAUGCAUGUAUAAUUUAUUUGAGGUCAAUCCGGAGAGUAUAUCACUUGCUGUAGAUAUGGAUAUGAUACCUGCUUUGCAGCAUAAAUUGUCGGAAAUCAAUUAUAUCGACUUAGCAGAGCAAGUAUUGGAAACUUUGGAAUUUAUUUCUAGAAUACAUGGUAAGGAUAUAUUGCAUGUAGGCAAAUUAUCCUCAUAUCUACAAUAUUUAGACUUUUUUACCAUCCAUGCACAGAGGAAAGCCAUAUCUAUCGUUUCCAACGCAUGUGCCCGCAUUGAACCAAGUGAUUUCAGUACCAUAGAAGAUGUUUUCAUCAUCCUGAAGCCUGUAUUUUGCAACACUACUGAUGAAACCGUUUUAAAAAAAACUCUUUCAGUCAUAUAUAGUGUUUGUGGAAGUUUCAAAAGCUCUUAUAUGUUCGAAACACUGUUUACGCAAGAUGUUUUGGAACGCUUGGCUGGAAUAAUUUCGAGCAAAGAAUCAUCAUCUGAUACCAAAAUAAAAUGUUUUGACUGUCUCUCAGUCUUGGUUGGGGUGAGUCCUCAAUUAUCGAACACUUUGAUGGAAACAAUUGACCUGACAAAGGUUUUCAAUGAAUGUUUACAGCAAUAUGGUAAAACCAAAAAUACUGCAUUACAUGAGUGCAUCAUGUUUGUCCCAAAGGAUCUCCUGCAUAGCGUUGCCCGUUUCAUUACCUCAUUAUUUCCCUCUGGACAGGACACUUUAUUAACAAAAAAAUCAACAGAAAAUGAGGUACAACUUCUCGUCACCGAAAAACUUAUUAUUUUGAUCGAGAAACUGAUCCCCCUCCUUAUAGAGAUUUAUAUGAAUACCAUUGACUUCAGUAUACGUCACUAUGUUUCCGUCGCACUCAUUAGAAUUGUUACGUAUAUGAAUCCUGAUAUCUUGCCAAAGGUUGAUAAGCAUUUGCUCAAAUUAAUAGGAUCUGCUUUGGCGCAGAAUAAGUCUACUUUAGACACAGGAUCUUCUCAUUCUUUAGAAAUUGGGAUUCUAUUAGCGGCUUUGUUAUCUUUAAUCAGUAGUCUGUGUGACAGAUUUGGAGAUACUUUCCUGACAGAGUUAAAACGUGAAGGAAUUUUUGACUUGGUCAAUUCAAUCAAUGGUUAUUUUGAAAAGACUAACAUUAGAUCUGCAGGGGAACAUGUAAUCGGAGUUAAUGCUCCUAAAUUUAUAAAGAAUCACAAUUCUAUGAGUGAUUCUGAAGAGGAAGAGGAUGAUGAUGAUUAUGAUUUAAUUGGAGCAGAUUUUGAUGUUCCUAAUGAGGUUAAACCAAAAAAGAUCAAAUUCGAUAUAUUCAGGAAUUUGGCGCCUGAAGAAGUAAGUGAUAAUAUAUCACAUUUAUGUUGUAAUUUAAGAGAUCUGUUUAAUAAAUCGAAAGUGACAGACAAUAAAGACUUGCGAGAGAUUACUUUGAUUGCAGAUUCUUUGAAAUACGUAGAGUUAAAUGAUCAAUCAUACGAUAAUUUGUACGAUUUCUGGAAAUCAGUGGAUAGUUGCAUUUUCCGUGACACUUUCACGAUUUCUGGGUUUGAAUUUAUAACUACUGGUUUAGCGUCGUCUUUGGUGAAUCACAUUCAAAAGGUUGGAGAAAAUAACAUGAUUUCUAAAAAGGCAAUGAUGGAUGUAUUUGGAGAUCGACUUUCUAAUCUAGUUAGUAUAUUGCAGACUGCUUUAACUAGAGUCGAUUCCUUCAAUGUUGUAGAGUCAGGCUUACAAGGUGAAGAAAGUGGAAUGGCAUCUCUAGGAAAGCAAAUGAAAAUCCACCUUGAAUAUGACGGUGAUAUCGGCCAGGAUAAAAUUUUACCAGCACUUUCAUCAGUAAUGGUAGUUAUUCAUUGUGUAGCUUCUUUUAGGGCUUUGGCUGAGUUCUUAAAACAUCGUGCCACUCGUGCAAGUUUUUUUAAUUCUCUUAUUCCUGGUCUAAACUUUGUUAGAGAUGGUGAAGAAACUGAUGACCAAGAAUACUUGGACUUUGUUUUUAGCUUUAACGGUGAAUCCAUUGAAAAAGAUGAAACCAUAUUUGGCGCCUUGUUUAAAAUAUUUAGCAGAGACAAGAUUGAUAUCAAGGAACUGUGGCAUCAGCCACAAGUCAUAAAAUUCAAGAAAAUUAAAGGCACAUCUGAUGUCAUCAAAGAAAACACAGCUGAUGACAGUUUAAUUUCUUCAAAUCCAUAUGCUUCAAGGACGAUUGAUAGGAGUGAAAAGGUACCUGCAGAAGACAUCAUGACUAUACUUAGAUUUUUGGAGAACUGCUUAGGUAAUAAAGAUUUAUUUAUCAAUCCAAAGCUGAGUGCUAAAUUAAACAGACAAUUAGAGGAACCGCUCAUUGUAGCCAGCGGUAUACUUCCAGAUUGGAGCUUGUAUUUAACAGCUGAUUUCCAUUUCCUCUUUCCAUUCGAUACAAGAAUUUUCUUUUUACAAUGCACUUCAUAUGGUUAUGGAAGACUGAUACAGUUUUGGAAAACGAGGAUUGGCAUGGAUAAGGAAUUAAGCAGCGAUAAUCCACUUCUCCAGCUGGGUCGUGUGUCAAGACGCAAAUUAAAAAUAUCAAGAGAUACAAUGUUUUUGACUGGGCUGAAAAUUUUAGAAAAAUAUGGAUCUAGUCCAAGCGUCUUGGAAAUUGAAUACCAAGAGGAAGUUGGUACAGGUCUAGGUCCCACUUUAGAGUUCUAUGCCAUGAUUUCAAAGGCAUUUGCAAAGAAAAAUCUCAAUAUGUGGUUACAGAGCGGCUACGCCCCUCAAAGUGAUAGUGAACAGAGUACAUAUGUUGAAAACUUAUUGUAUCCUAAUCCUAUUGAUUUGAGUAAAGCGGAAUCCUCGAAGAUCCUAGAUCUUUUUGAGUAUUUAGGUACGUUUGCUGCAAGGUCAAUGAUCGACAACAGAAUACUGGAUUUCCGCUUUAACAGGUUAUUUUUCCAUGUAGCUCACCAUUUGGCAAGACAUGGAAAUUUAACAAGCUUAUUCAACAACAUCGACGAUGGUAUAAACCUUGUGAAAGAGCUAGAUAGCCAGGUAGCAAACUCUUUAAAAUAUGUUCAUGAUAACAAAGACAACAGUGAUGUGAUAGAUCAGCUAUAUUUAAACUUUGUGCUGCCUGGUACCGACAUCGAGCUGAUUGAAAAUGGAAGGUCAGUUCAUGUGCAAGCAUUUAACGCAGAUGAAUAUAUAAGACAAAUUCUUUCACAAUUAAUGGGAAAGGGGAUAAAAAGCCAGGUAGAGUCAUUUAUGAGAGGGUUUUCGAAAGUUUUCCCCUAUAAAAAUCUACUGAUUUUGUCACCUUCUGAAUUAAUCGAUCUUUUCGGUAGUGUUAAAGAAGACUGGUCGCCUGAAUUGUUAUACACCAGCAUGAGUGCAGACCAUGGAUAUACGAUGAGCUCUCCCGCGAUAGCAGAUUUGAUUUCUAUCAUGAGCAACUUCUCGCGCCAAGAAAAACGUUUAUUCUUACAGUUUUUAACAGGGUCUCCAAAAUUACCACUUGGAGGAUUCAAGGCUCUGAAACCUAAAUUUACUGUGGUGUUAAAACAUGCAGAAGGCGACCUAAAGCCCGACCAAUAUUUGCCAAGCGUAAUGACAUGUGCAAACUACCUAAAGCUUCCAAAAUAUAGCAGUAAAGAAAUCAUGCACAAAAGAAUCAAGCAGGCCAUGGAGGAAGGUGCAGGGGCAUUUCUACUUUCUUGA